GUAAGGCGGUCCACAGACAAGCAGACACUUACCACGUUUUGUUUAAUGCUCGUCUGUGUAUGCUGAGCUAGUAGUGGAGUGUGCAGUACAUUUUACAGAUCGACUGGUGUUUUACAUUCCAUCUGCUGGACGUGUUUAAAAGCAAUGGCCGAACCGAUACGUGCGUUGUGCGAUGAGCUUAUAAAGGCUGUGAAUGUGAUGAUGGAGGCAGAAUCAAGCCAAACAUACCGCCUGGAGGCCCUAAAGUUUAUUGAAGAGUUCAAAGAGAAAAGUCCCUUCUGUGUUGAAUGUGGUCUUCAGUUAGCGGAGAAAUCACAGACUGCAGUGGUCAGACACUUUGGGCUGCAGAUACUGGAGCAUGUAGUCAAGUUUAAGUGGAAUGACAUGGCACCACAAGAAAAGCUCCAGCUGAAAAACUGCACUAUGGGCCUGUUGUCAGGUGGUACUCAUCCAAUUCUGCAAGAGGAAUGUCAUGUUAAGGAUGCCCUCUCACGCAUAGUUGUUGAGAUGAUCAAGAGAGAGUGGCCGCAGCACUGGCCUGACAUGCUUAAGGAGAUGGAGGCCCUUACUGCUAUGGGGGUAUCUCAAGAUUUUUGGCUAACAUAAAGGGUGAUGUUGUAGGACUGGGGUGGUAGAUCAUGCUCCUGAAGAUAUGCCUUCAUGUCAGAGUUUAGUUACAACCCUCCUCUUAAUUAAUGGGG